AUGUGAUCCUGGAUAGUCCUGUCCAUCCUAAGGGAAAUCCUCUGAUUUUGCGUUGUUUAUAUCGCAACUCAGGUAUCUCAGAUUCUGGUGUUGAUUUCUAUAAAGAUAGUUCAGUCCUGCAGAAGAAGACUACAGGAGAGAUGGCCAUCAUUACUGUCUCAAAGUCAGAUGAAGGUUUCUACCACUGUAAACACCCAGAGAGAGGAGAGUCACCGAAAAGCUGGGUUUCAGUCAGAGUUUCAGCUUCAGCCGGAUACAGUGCUGUAAUUAUAGGACUGAGUUUGGCCUUCUUGUUUGUCAUCUUAAUGAUCGUACUGAUCCUGCUGCUGCACUUCAAGAAGAAAAAAGGUGUAGAAUAUCAGCCUCCUUCUACAGUAAAUCAGGACACCAGUCAGCCUGCAGAUGGUGAAAAUGUCUAUGAAAAUGUUGCUGUCAGGACGACAGUUGAUUCUGCAGCUGGCUCUAGCAGCACUAGCAUGUGCUCACAGGUUGUGACUAGAAAAAAGAAACAAAAUGAUGAUGCAGUCAGAAGGCCAGGUGAUGUGAUAUAUUCCCAAAUUGAAAUGAAAAAUGUCAACCCUCACAGUAAAGAUGACUCUGCAUCAAGACCAAGUGAUGUGGUUUACUCUAUGAUUGCAUCUAAAAACAUGAGACCCAAUGAUGAUGCCAGCAAACUCGAUGAUGUGACUUAUGCUGAUAUUGACCUGAAAAAAACAAAGAAACCAAACAGAAAACAAGGAAAGCGCACUGAGGGAGCUGACACUGUUUACUCAGAACUGAAGCAGAACACAGAUAAAGGAGAUUUCACUGAAACUGCUGAUGCAACUUAUGCCCAGGUUAGGAAAAAGGGCAAAAAGUAUAAUGCAGGUUGAAGAAAGUCCAAAGUGUCCAAUCAGGAGUUGCUGAAGCAGCCAAAUAACACGGUGAAACAAACAUGGUGAAAUAUAUAUAUAUAUAUAUAUAUAUAUAUAUAUAUAUAUAUAUAUAUAUAUAUAU